AUUACGGUCGUAAGGAGUGAAUUCAUGAUCGUGAAAUUAUGUAUCUAAAUUUGCGACCCUAUCCUUAAAAAACCCAACUUAUCAUUGAAAUCUCAAUUUAUUGAAUAUCGACAACUUGCCAAAUUGUGAGCAUCAAAAUGGAAAAUAAAAGUGCCAACUUGAACCAUUUUAUUUUCCCAUGCCAAACCACGUUGACUUUUGGAAUUAAGAAAAAAGUCAAAAUCAUUUAACAUUGACUCGUACCAAAAAGUCACGUGACGAUCUCGCUGUCGCACGCGGACGUGCCGGCGACGAUUCAGCUCAAAUACAAACCCAAAAUAACAAAAACACCCCCCAAACCCCAUCAAUAUAAAAACCCACCCCACCCCUUCCCAAUUUCUAAUAUUCUCUACUCAGAAACCCUAAAACGAUGUCGUCUUACCCUCCAGCGAACCCCUUCCCCGGCGGCCCUCCGCCGCCGCAAGCAUAUCCCUUCCCCGCCGCGCCUCCGCCGAAUUAUCACCAACCUCCGCCCCCCCAAUCUUCUCCGUUCGCCCCCGUCGUCCCCAACCCGACUCCCGGCGGCUACCCCCCGGCGGCGUACGGAAACCCUAAUUUUGCGUCGCUGGUUCCGUCGGCGUUCCCUCCGGGGACCGAUCCGAACGUGAUUUCGAGCUUCCAAAUGGCGGAUCAAGACAACAGCGGAUUCAUCGACGAUAAGGAGCUGCAGCGGGCGCUGUCGAUGUAUUUCCAGAAUUUUGGGCUCAGGACAGUUCAUCUGCUAAUGUAUCUUUUCACGAACAGCAAUGUCAGGAAGAUCGGUCCUAAGGAAUUCAGUCAGGUCUUUUAUUGUCUUCAAUCAUGGAAGGCAAUAUUCGAGAGAUUCGACAAAGACAGAAGUGGGAAGAUUGACACAGUCGAACUGAGGGAAGCACUCCUUAGCUUAGGGUUUUCUGUCUCCCCACUGGUCUUGGAUUUGCUCGUCUCCAAGUUCGACAAAAAUGGUGGAGUAAGCAAGGCCAUCGAAUACGACAAUUUCAUUGAGUGCUGUCUCACUGUCAAGGGACUUACGGAGAAAUUCAAGGAGAAGGAUACGACUUUCACCGGAUCGGCUACCUUCAAUUACGAAACUUUUAUGUUAACAGUUUUACCAUUUGUUGUUGCCUAGGACAACCAACGUUAGUAUUAUUUCUUGAGUUUGUUUCUUGCAAAAUCUUCCUUGAAUUUAUGUACUUUUUCAUUGUAAUCUUCCUGCAGCUGUUAUUUCAUUUGCAAUUGUUUCUUCA